AUGCGCGCAGACGAAACUGCGCGCAAGGCGUCGAAGAGAGACAAGCGAGGAGCGGAGACAGCAGAGAGGCUCGCACAGCGGCGAGUCAAGUGCGAGAAGGAGAGGAGGCAGAGAGUGGGAGCAAAGAAUCAGCGAGCGACGACUGAGAAGAAGAUGAUUCGGCGCGCGGCUCACGCAGGCAGCUGGUACAGCAGUGACCCAAAGCAACUGAGCGAUCUGUUCAGCAGCUGCCUGACCAGAGUGCAGAAAACCGAGGAGAACGCCGUAGCUCUCAUUUGUCCACAUGCGGGCUAUGCGUACUGCGCGGCCACCGCGGCGGCGGCGUGGCGGCAGGUCUCGCCCGCAACGGUCCGGCGCGUCUUCGUUCUAGGCCCUUCUCACCACGUCUAUUUGGCGAACUGCGCGCUGCCGCAGCCCUCCGUAAAGGCCUAUGCCACGCCUCUAGGCGAAAUUCCGCUCGACAUUCCAGUCCUUGAGGCGCUGCGCAGUGCGAAGAUCUUUGGCACGCUGCCGCUACGAGACGACGAAAAUGAACACUCGAUUGAGAUGCAACUCCCCUUUUUGAAAUACGUCCUCCGCGAGCAAGCCUUCACACUCGUGCCGAUCGUCGUGGGCGACCUGCGGCGCGCCGAUCACUCCGCAUUUGCGACGGCGCUGCGGCCCUACUUCCUCGAGGUCGGAAAUCUGUUCGUCUUCUCCUCAGACUUCUGCCACUGGGGCCGUCGGUUUCGCUACAUGUACCUGCCGCCGGCCGCCGACGACCUCCCCAUCUACAAGCGCAUCGAGAUGCUGGAUCGCGCCGGAGCUGCGCUAGUUGAGAGGCAAGACGCCGCAGAGUUUCAGAAAUACUACGAAGAGACGGGCAACACGAUCUGCGGGCACAACCCGAUUUCUGUUUUCCUACACCUGCUGGAAGAGAGCGGAAGGCCGAAGGAGGCGUUCAAGACGAAGCUCCUUAGCUACAGCCAGUCUUCGCAAGUGGAGGAUGAUUCUUCUUCGUCUGUGUCCUACGCGGCUUUCGCCUGCUCGCUCGUUGCCGCCUCGGCAUCUCCUCGUUAG